ACUGCGCCCGGGACCCCACCCAGCGGCCCGCGCCCCGGGACCACGUGAGCACCGCACCUCCAGACUGCAGAAACGGGGCGUGGGGGCCGGCGGGCGCGCAGCAUCCCCGCCACCUCUAAUCGCUCCGCCCGCCGCGGCCUGACUUCCCCUCCCUCCCUCCCUCCCUCCCUCUGUCCCUCCCCCCCCCCACCCUCGUUCCGCCCGCCCGCCUGCGCCGGACACGCUGAGCCUCUUCUCUUGGGGCGCUCUUCCCCUUGGCCGACCGUCUCAUCCCGCGCAACUUUGGGACGGACAGUGGCCGUUUGGUGUUGAAUGUUCCCCUCGGAGAGCGCAUGGCUGCGGAAGCGAGGUGCGGGCCGGGCCCCCGAGGGGCCGCCGUAUGGGAGGCGGUGAUGCUACUGCUGUGCUUGGGAGUCCCUACCGGGCGCCCCUACAACGUGGACACCGAGAGCGCAGUGGUUUACAAGGGCCCCGCCGACACCCUGUUCGGCUACUCGGUGGUGCUGCACAGCCACGGGGCAAACCGAUGGCUCGUAGUCGGGGCGCCCACGGCCAGCUGGCUCGCCAACACUUCAGUGGUCAAUCCUGGGGCGAUUUACAGAUGCAGGAUUGGAAAGAACCCAGAGCGGACGUGCGAACAGCUCCAGCUGGGUAGCCCUAAUGGAGAACCUUGUGGAAAGACGUGUUUGGAAGAAAGAGACAAUCAAUGGUUGGGGGUCACGCUUUCCAGACAGCCAGGAGAAAAUGGCUCCAUUGUGACUUGUGGGCAUAGAUGGAAAAAUAUAUUUUACAUAAAGAAUGAAAAUAAGCUCCCCACGGGUGUUUGCUAUGGAAUGCCCUCUGAUUUACGAACAGAGCUGAGUAAAAGAAUAGCUCCAUGCUAUCAAGAUUAUGUGAGAAAAUUUGGAGAAAAUUUUGCAUCAUGUCAAGCUGGAAUAUCUAGUUUUUACACAGAGGACUUAAUUGUGAUGGGAGCUCCAGGAUCAUCCUAUUGGACCGGCUCUCUUUUUGUCUACAAUAUAACUACAAAUAAAUACAAAGCUUUUUUAGACAAACACAAUCAAGUGAAAUUCGGAAGUUAUUUAGGAUACUCUGUUGGAGCCGGUCAUUUUCGGAGUCGGCACACUACCGAAGUAGUUGGAGGAGCCCCUCAACAUGAACAGAUUGGUAAAGCAUACAUAUUCAGCAUUGAUGCAAAAGAACUAAAUAUCUUACAUGAAAUGAAAGGUAAAAAGCUUGGGUCUUAUUUCGGAGCUUCUAUCUGUGCGGUGGACCUCAACGCAGAUGGCUUCUCAGACCUACUUGUGGGCGCUCCUGUGCAGAGCACCGUCAGGGAGGAAGGAAGAGUGUUUGUGUACAUCAACUCUGGCUCUGGAGCAGUAAUGAAUGAAUUGGAAAUAGAGCUCAUUGGAAGUGACAAAUAUGCUGCAAGAUUUGGGGAAUCUAUAGUCAAUCUUGGCGACAUUGAUAAUGAUGGCUUUGAAGAUGUUGCUAUUGGAGCUCCACAGGAAGAUGACUUGCGAGGUGCUAUUUAUAUUUACAACGGCCGAGCAGAUGGGAUCUCGUCAGCCUUCUCACAGAGAAUUGAAGGGCUUCAAAUCAGCAAAUCAUUAAGUAUGUUUGGACAGUCUAUAUCUGGACAAAUUGAUGCAGAUAAUAAUGGAUAUGUAGAUGUAGCAGUUGGUGCUUUUCGGUCUGAUUCUGCUGUGCUGCUAAGGACGAGACCUGUAGUGAUUGUCGAAGCUUCUUUAAACCAUCCUGAGUCAGUAAAUAGAACACAUUUUAACUGUAUUGAAAAUGAAUUGCCUUCUGUGUGCAUGGAUCUAACACUCUGUUUCUCAUAUAAGGGCAAAGAGGUUCCAGGUUAUAUCGUUUUGUUUUAUAACAUGAGCCUGGAUGUGAACCGAAAGGCAGAGUCUCCAUCGAGAUUUUACUUUUCUUCCAAUGGAACUUCUGAUGUGAUUACAGGAAACAUAAAAGUAUCAAGCAGAGUGACUAACUGUAAAACACAUCAAGCAUUUAUGCGGAAAGAUGUACGGGACAUCCUCACCCCAAUUCAGAUUGAAGCCGCUUACCACCUGGGGCAUCAUGUCAUCAGUAAACGAAGUACAGAGGAAUUCCCACCACUUCAGCCAAUUCUUCAGCAGAAGAAAGAAAAAGACAUCAUUGCAAAAACAAUAAACUUUGCAAGACUUUGUGCCCAUGAAAACUGUUCUGCUGAUUUACACGUUUCUGCAAAAAUUGGAUUUUUGAAGGCACAUGAAAAUAAAACCUAUCUUGCUGUUGGAAGUAUGAAGACAUUAAUGUUGAACGUGUCCUUAUUUAAUGCCGGAGAUGAUGCAUAUGAGACAACUCUGCAUAUCAGACUACCCACUGGUCUUUACUUCAUUAAGAUUUUAGAUCUGGAGGAGAAACAAAUAAACUGCGAAGUAACAGACAGCUCCGGCAUAGUAAAACUUGACUGCAGGGUUGGUUAUAUAUAUGUAGAUCAUCUAUCAAGGACAGCUAUUAGCUUUCUUCUGGAUGCCAGCUCACUCAGCAGAGCAGAAGAGGAUCUCAACAUCACAGUGCAUGCCGCCUGUGAAAAUGAAGGAGAAACAGGCAACGUGAAGCGUAACAAAGUGACUUUAACAGUACCUCUCAAGUAUGAAGUCAUGCUAACUGUUCAUGGGUUUGUAAACCCAACUUCGUUCGUGUAUGGACCAAAGGAGGAAAAUGAGCCUGAAGUGUGUAUGGCAGAGAAAAUGAACUUCACUUUCCACGUUAUCAACACUGGCCAAAGCAUGGCUCCAAAUAUUAGUGUGGAAAUAAUGAUACCAAAUUCUUUUAUUCCCCAAACUGAUAAACUGUUCAACAUUUUGGAUGUCCAGACUACUGUUGGAGAAUGCCAUUUUAAGAAUUACCAAAGAAAGUGUGCAUUAGAGCAGAAAAAAGGCACAAUGGAGACCCUGAAAGAUAUAUUCAAAUUUUUAUCAAAGACUGAUAAGAGGCUACUGUACUGCAUGAAAGCUGAUCCACAUUGUUUAAAUUUCUCAUGCAAUUUUGGGAAAAUGGACAGUGGAAAAGAAGCCAGUGUUCACAUUCAGUUGGAGGGUCGGCCAUCCAUUUUAGAAAUGGAUGAGACUAGAGCCCUGAAGUUUGAAAUAAGAGCAACAGCUUUUCCAGAGCCAAAUCCAAAAGUUAUUGAACUAAACAAGGAUGAGAAUGUUGCACAUGUUCUACUCGAAGGACUACAUCAUCAAAGACCCAAACGCCAUUUCACUAUAGCGAUUAUUUUAAGUAGCUUGCUCCUUGGACUUAUUUUACUUUUAUUGAUUUCAUAUGUUAUGUGGAAGGCUGGCUUCUUCAAAAGACAGUACAAGUCUAUCCUACAAGAAGAAAACAGAAGAGACAGUUGGAGUUACAUUAACAGUAAAAGCAAUAAAGAUGAUUGAAGACUUCUUUCAGAUUGAGAGAAUAACAGACUCAGGUUACAGUAAACUAAAAUUUAGACACUGUUUACAAGAAACCGUGAAUUUUGCUCAGACUUCUUCUAUGUACUUCUUUUAGUCAUGACCUUGUGACAUGUUAUGUCUUAAUGCAGAUGAAAAAUCCAAGCAAUGAUUAUUCUAAGAGAAAAUAACUCCAAAAGUAAUAUUUUAAUAUAUCCAAAAAGAUAGAUAAUCUUUCAGCUCUUAAAUGGAUAGAAAAACACUAAAGCAUCAGCUUAUCCAAGAUAAGUAAUCCCUGGACAAUACCUUGAAAUGAGUGCAUCUGAAUUAAAAUUACGUUGAGGAAGUAAACAACUCGACUGGAGAAAACUUGGACCUUGAGGUAUCAUUCCUUUAAAAGAAAUACUAUUUACUAUAUGUGCUGGCUUUGGUAAAAUUAAUUCCACCAAAUAGGUAAGGAUUCAUUUCUAAUAGAUCUUUGAGACUUGUUUGGAAUAUGUUCUCUAGAAAUAUUUAGUAGAAUUUUUGAAAGAGCUGUUCCCAAAUUUUCUAAUGAAUAGAAGAGGAACAUUAUCAUUUUAAAGCAUAUUUUAUCUUUAAAGACCUUGAUUUGUAAUAUUUUUCCUAUAAGCUUUGAUCAACAACCAUUUAUUCAGCAGUCUAUGAAUACUAUGGCCUGAUGAGCAAACUUCAGACUGAAGUUAUACACUGGUUUGAGCUUAAUGGGAUAAUUUCUGGAUAAUUAUUGUUUAUACAGCUAUGGAUUUUUUCUUUCUGUACAUAUAUAUAUAUAUAUAUAUAUAUACA